AUGUCUAUUUCUCCUACCCUUGCAGGAUCCCUAGCCGCGGCUGUGGCCGGGCUCUCCUACUUGAAUGCCAAAUUCAGUCUGCUGGCAGAUAUCAAGAUUCUGUUGAGCCGUAGAGCGGCUUUUAUGGAAGUGGCAAAGGCCGCAAACAACGGUCGGUCUUCCCUGUAUUACUCUUUCGAAGAGGCUGUCAAGAGAGAAGGAGAUGGCGAGGCCCUCUGGUCCCGUGAGGAGUGUCUCUCCUACAACCAGGCCUAUACUAGGGUCCAUCAGUAUGCCCAGUGGUUCCUUUCACAAGGAGUCAAGCCAGGUGACCAUGUUGUUUUCUACAUGGCCAACUCCCCCGACUUCAUGUGUGCUUGGCUGGGCCUGAUGGCCAUCGGUGCUGCUCCAGCUCUGAUCAACACCAAUCUUGCCUCCAAGCCACUGUUACAUUGCGUGGGCAUUGCCCAGGCAAGAUUGAUUUUUGCUGGUGGGGAUGACGAGAUGCUGGGUCGUCUGGAGGCCGUCCGUUCCGAACUGAUGGCUACUGGUCACCACAUCAUCAAGCUAGGUGAUGUUCGUGGACAAAUUCUGGGCAUGAAACCUGUCCGUCCGGCAGAUGAGCUUCGCAGAUUGGUUGAAGCGACCUCGCCUAUGGCUCUGGCCUUUACCAGUGGCACCACUGGUCUUUCUAAAGCCAUCAUUUUCCCUAUGUUGGCCGGCUUCCUAGCCGUGACAGUGAGAAAAAAGGGCUACAGUCCCAUUAGCGUGGGUGGACAGCGAGGCUACAACUGCAUGCCUUAUUAUCACCUAACAGGAGGACUCUCGGCUCUCUCAGCACUUGCAGUUGGUGACGCGCUCUGCGUAGGCACCAAGUUCAGCUCUAGGAACUUCUGGUCUGACAUCCGCGAUUCCCGUGCGACUUACUUUGUGUACGUGGGCGAGACUCUACGCUACCUCAUGGCCCAGCCCGCCUCGCCCCUCGACAAGUACCACAACGUCCACACCAUCUGGGGCAACGGCCUGCGUGCCGAUGUCUGGAUCCCCUUCCGCGAGCGCUUUGGCAUCGACACUAUCUACGAGUUUUAUAACUCUACCGAGAUGAUGUUUGGACUGUCCAAUGCCUGCCGGGGUGACUUUUUGGCAAAGGCGCUGGGACUACACGGGGCUCUGCUGCGGUGGGCUUCGCGCGGUUGGCACAUCGCUGUAGCAGUGGACGCCGAGACGGGCGACCUGCUACGCGACCCGGCAACGGGGUUUGCCAAAACUGUCCCUUUCGAGGAGGGAGGGGAGAUUCUGGUCAAGCUGGAACCAGGCUCCAAGUUACCCGGGCGUGACUUUCGCGGGUACUGGCACAAUGAGGAGGCAACCUCCAAGAAGAUAGCGCGGGAUGUGCUGAAAAAGGGCGACUGCUAUUAUCGCACGGGCGACGCACUCCGCCGGGACCACGAGGGCCGAUGGUUUUUUUGUGAUCGUCUGGGAGACACAUUCCGGUGGAAGGGCGAGAAUGUCUCCACGACCGAGGUGGGGGACGCUCUGGGCGACUUCCCCGGCAUCGUGGAGGCCAACGUCUACGGCGUGCAGCUUCCUGGCCAUGACGGACGGGCGGGUGCGGUGGCCCUGUACCUAGGAGAGGAAGAGAAGGGCCGCUUUGACUUUGCAGAGUUCCUGCGGCACUGCCGGUCCCGACUGCCCAGAUAUGCGGUUCCCAUCUUCAUCCGCCUUACCCGCGCUGCCUACAGCACGGGAACUCACAAGCAGAACAAGGUCCCGCUCAAGAGCGAGGGUGUCGACCCGGAUAAGCUGUCCAAUGAUGAUGCCAUCUACUGGAUUGAGCCCAGCGGCAAGGAUGACACGUAUGUCCCUUUUACCCGGUCGGACUGGGAGAGUCUGCAAACACACAGGGCGAGGCUGUGA